AUGAAUACGGGGGUUCCUCAGGGCUGUGUACUGAGCCCUCUGUUGUUCACCUUGUUGACUCAUGACUACACAGCCAAGUUCAACUUGAACCACAUCGUCAAGUUUGCAGAUGACACAACUGUCAUAGGUCUCAUAAGCAAAAAUGCCGAAUCAGCCUACAGGGAGGAAGUUAGUCAACUCAUCAUCUGGUGCGACAACUACAAUCUCUCACUAAAUGUGAACAAGACCAAAGAGAUCAUUCUCAACUUCAGAAGAAGCUAUAAAACACACUCUCCACUAACAAUCCACAAUGAAAUAGUAGAGAGGGAGUGGAAAGCACAACAUUCUUGGGGGCUCAGGUUUGCUAUUUACCAGAAUGUACACGCAUUGGUAUUUGCAGUUGAUGAAAUCAAUAAAACGCCUUACAUUCUGCCAAAUGUUACCAUUGGAUAUGGGAUUUAUGACUCUUGUGGUUUAGCUGCAAGAGCCAUUCAGAGCACUGUGCAGCUACUGACAGGUUUAAAACUGCAGAUCCCAAACUAUCAUUGUGAGAAGAGGAAGCCAGUUGCUGUCAUAAUAGGGGAUGCUGCAUCGAAGAAUUCUAUUCCUGUAGCUCAGUUUCUGGGGCUUUAUGGGCAGCCUCAGGUUAGUUAUGGUUCAACAGUAGCACUACUAAGCAACAAGAAGCAGUUCCCUUCCUUCCUCCGCACAGCUCCUAGUGAUAAAUUUCAGUCUAUUGGCUUAGCCCAUCUACUGAUAUAUUUUGGUUGGACUUGGGUGGGAAUCUUGACAGAAGAAACUGACUAUGGACAACAAGGCAGUCAGACUAUUAAAGAAGAGCUUCUCAAGACUGCAUCCUGUAUUGCCUUCUUUGAAUCAAUUCCUCAGGUUUAUAAUGAGAAAAGAACCCACAGAAUUAUUGACAUAAUCAAGGGAUCAUCUGCAAAUGUCAUUCUUGUCUUUUCAAGUGAUGCUAUUUUGAAUCCUGUCAUGGAAGUCAUAGCCAAGCAUAACAUAACUAACAAGGUCUGGCUUGCAUCAGAUGGAUGGUGUUUCUCCUCCAUCUUUUCAAGAAAUAAUUUUGCUAAAACAUUAAAUGGCACAAUUGGAUUUAUGUCCAGAAAAGGUCUGAUACCUGACUUUAAAGAAUAUAUUCUUGGUGUUAACCCUUUUAAAAAUCCUAAUGACAUCUUUCUGAAGGAAUUUUGGGAAAUGGCCUUUGGUUGCAAAUGGUGGCAUCAUAAUUUCAGUCAGCCCAUGAAAAACACUGGAAGUGAAGAUACAUUACUUUGUAGCGGAAGUGAAAAACUAAAAGAAUUGAAUAAUGCUUUCACAGAUGUAUCUUCCCUAACAACAUCCUACAAUGUUUACCAAGCAGUGUAUGUAGCUGCACAUGCUUUGCAUGACAUGUAUUCAUGCUAUCCGGGUUAUGGCUUACUGGAAAAUCGAUCAUGCCCUAACAUGCUUGACUUUGAACCUUGGCAGCUCUUGUCAUACCUGAAGCGGGUACACUUUAGAAACAAAGUCGGUGACGAAAUAUUCUUUGAUAUAAAUGGGGACCCACCAGCAGUUUAUGAUGUCCUGAACUGGCAAGCAAACCAAAAUGGGUUGUCUAAGUAUGUAGAGGUUGGACGAUACAACACCAGUGCUACACCAGACUUGGUUGUCAAUGAACAUCAGAUUUUAUGGAAUGGAGAGUAUACCCAGGUUCCAUAGUCCAAAUGCAGUGAGAGUUGUCUUCCUGGAUACAGAAGAUCUAACGUUCAGGGUCAGCCCAGGUGCUGUUACAUCUGUAUCAUAUGUCCUGAAGGAGAAAUUACUAACCAAAGUGAUUCCAAUGAUUGUUGGAUGUGCCUGGAAGAUUAUUGGUCCAGUACAGGCAGAAAUCAGUGUCUUCCAAGAUCCAUAGAAUAUCUCUCCUUUGAAGAACCCCUGGGUAUCACUUUGGCCUCUGCCUCCUUUAUCUCUGCACUAAUUCCUGUCAUAGUGCUAACUGUCUUUCUGAGAUACAGAGACACUCCAAUUGUGAAGGCCAAUAAUCGCAGCAUCAGUUACCUCCUGCUAAUUGCUCUUACAUUGUGCUUCCUCUGUUCCUUGAUGUUCAUUGGUCACCUAAAGGAUCUGACAUGUCGACUGCGACAAGUCACCUUUGGCAUAGUCUUCACUCUCUGUGUAUCCUGUGUGCUGGCAAAAACUGUUAUGGUAGUGAUAGCCUUCAAUGCCACAAAACCAAACAGCAGCUUGAAAAACUGGGUCAGGCCUGCUUUGCCUAAUAGCAUUGUGUUUCUAUGCACCAUGGUCCAGGUUACUCUGUGCAUUUUCUGGUUAACUAUUUCUCCUCCCUUUACAGUAAGGAACAGGAAUGUGCAGUAUGAUAAAAUAGUUAUUGAAUGCAAUGAGGGCUCAGACAUUGCCUUUUGGUGUUUACUGGGGUACUUGGGACUUUUAGCAAGCAUAAGUUUUAUUGUUGCAUUCCUGGCUAGAAAGCUGCCAGACAGCUUUAAUGAGGCUCAGUUUAUUACAUUCAGCAUGCUGGUAUUUGUUAGUGUGUGGCUGUCAUUUAUCCCUGCCUACCUGAGCACCAAAGGGAAGUACAUGGUUGCAGUAGAGGUCUUUGCAAUCCUAUCAUCCAGUGCUGGAUUGUUCUCUUGUAUAUUUCUGCCUAAAUGUUAUGUUAUUCUGCUUCGACCUGAGAUGAACACCAAAGAAUAUCUUAUGGGGAAAGGAAAUGUCAAUGUCAAACAAAGCAAAUAA